AUGGCAAAAACUUUAAAAACGUUGUUACUUAGUCUCGCCUUCUCUGAUGUUGCUCUUGGUUUGUUUGUUCAACCAUUAUACUCGUUCCUUCUGAUCAAGUGGCUUCAAGUGGACAAUCUUAACUGCAACAUUUCUGGAUUGCUAAAUAUUUCUGUUCGUUUCUUUUCAACUGCUUCGUUCCUUGGUGUCGUAGCUGUGAGUGUAGACAGAUUUUUAGCUAUUCAUCUUCAUCUCAGAUACCAAGGGCUUGUAACUCACAAGCGUAUUGUUAUUGUGGUGACUGGCAUAUGGGGUACUCAGGAUCUCAUUGCUACAGUUGCUUUAGCUUUUGGUUUCAUCAUCACAUUUGUGGUGUACAUCAGGAUAUAUUUAGCUGUCCAACGACACAGGAAUCAGAUUCAGUCCAUGCAAAUACGAAACGAAGCUCAGUCUGAUGAAAUGAAGAAGUUUGCUGUUCUCAUUAAAUCAACAGUUGGAAUAUUCUACGUAUUUCUCGUGUUUUUAACUUGUUAUUUGCCUAUUUUUAUUACCAAGGCUGCUAUUCUAAUCUAUGGCUCGAAUUCCGCUUUAAAAAAACUCUUACUUUUCUCAUUGACUCUCGUGAAUCUAAAUUCAACUUUGAACCCUGUAAUUUACUGCUGGAAGAUGAGACACAUUCGACACGCUAUCAUGGACAUACUUUGGAAGGUGUCUCGCAAAAGAAGUCAGCUAUCUCGUGUAAUUUACAAUCGGCAAUCGAGCGUAGUCCAUGUUGAUAAUUGAUCCACUCUGUGUGGCUUACAAGGACUAUGCGCACUUUAUAAAUGUAUAACAAAGUAAAUGUGGGCAAAUAAGAUUAAACGUAAACUUAGUGAU